UGCGCUCCGUGCUGCCAGCCCCCGCUUCUGCCGUUUGGGGUGUUCACCCCAAAAUUACACCAGCCGCAUAAAGGGUUCUCGCCGCUUUUCCAAGCCGUGCCGGUCUCGGGUGUUUUCGUUUCGGUUUUCUCACGAAAACGUCGGGCCCUGAAGUGUUAGGUGGAGAUGGAAGGCUUUGUUAUCUGGCAAUUCCCAUUUUUUAUUACUGUCUGAAGCUUUUUAAAAAGACACACCAGAUCUCUUUCCAAUAACUAAAGCUUGACUUAGAGUCAGUUUCAGAGCACUGAUCAAAACGCUUCUGUGUCUACAAAUGCUGUUGACAGCUGAAAGGUGGAUCUCUGAGCACACGCAGGACACUGGCAGGGGAAGGCUGUGUCUUGUGAGCUCACACUGCGUCCCUGAUGUGGCUGAGUACAGAAGGAAUCUGCCACGCAGGAACCAAAACUUUCCUUUUGGUAGGCUGUGGGCAGGCUGUCGUUUGGUUGCCGCUCCAGUUCGUGAGACAGGCUGCAGGCAUUAAAACAGCCUGCCAGGCAGGCAGUUCCACACAGCUCUUCAGGAGCCAAGUUUAAAGGAGGAAGUCAGCACGAUGCCAGCCCUGCCCCUGGAUGAACUCCAGCUGACCGAAAAGGAUCCCAAGACGGGGAAGCUGAGAACGUUACCGGCACUGCACCCAGAAAUAAAAGCAGAUCGGUCUUUUGUGCUAUACAGACCGCCACCUGUUGUCAGAGAUCCUGCCUUAGUGGAAGAAUUCCUGGAGCGAGCGAAAUUCAUUGCAGAUGACCUGGACUGGCUCCUGGCUUUGCCUCAUGAUAAGUUUUGGUGCCAGGUGAUAUUUGAUGAGACGCUUCAGAAGUGUCUGGAUUCCUACCUGAGCCAUGCUCCUCGCAAGUUUGAUGUGUUGUUGGAUUGCCAUCCAGAGGUGAACGACAUGCAGAAGCGCCUCCAUCGGAGCGUCUUCCUGACUUUCCUGAGAAUGUCCACUCACAAGGAGUCCAAGGAUCACUUCAUCACUCCCUCAGUCUUUGGAGAAAUUAUUUACAACAAUUUCCUGUUCGACAUCCCUAAGAUUCUGGAUCUCUGCGUGCUCUUCGGGAAGGGAAAUGGUCCCCUGCUCCAGAAGAUGAUCGAAAAUAUCUUCACUCAGCAGCCAAGUUACUUCGGUGACCUAGAUGAAACCCUGCCCACUGUCCUCCAGGUGUUCAACAACAUUUUGCGUAAGUGUGGCUUGCAAUGUGAAGGAGCCUCUGCUGAGCCCCAGAAAUUGGAAGAAAGAAUAAAUGUGACUCCCGGGAACAUGCCCCUCCAGGAGCUGAAGGAUAUUGUGCUGUACUUGUGUGACACUUGCACAACACUCUGGGCGUUCCUUGAUGUCUUCCCAUUGGCUUGCCAGACCUUUCAAAAACACGAGUUUUGCUACAGAUUAGCAUCGUUUUAUGAAUUGGCCAUUCCUGAGCUGGAGUCUGCAAUUAAGAAGAGGCAUUAUGAGGAUAACAGUGUUUUUGCUGAUUUGUGGAGGAGAAUUUCACAUUCCAGAAAGAAAGUGAUGGAAGCUUUUCACAUCCUCAUAAACCAAGUGUGUCUGCAGCCCAUCUUAGAAAGCAGCUGUGAGAAUAUUCAGCCUUUUAUUGAAGAAUUUCUACAGAUCUUCACGUCAGUGCUUCAGGAAAGGAGAUUUCUUCGUGACUAUGAUGAGCUGUUUCCCGUUGAAGAUGAUGUCAGUCUGCUUCAGCAGGCAUCCUCCACGCUAGAUGAAACCAGGACAGCCUAUAUCCUCCAAGCAGUGGAAAGUGCUUGGGAAGGUGUGGACAGGAAAAAAGCACAAGUCACUAAGGAUCCAACAUCACCAGCAGCAUCUAAUGGAGCAUCAGCAAUGGUGGAGAGCACUGCUGAGGACAGAGAAGAGCUUGGGGCUGCGUAUGCCUCAGAGGAUGAGUGUGCUGGUGCAGCUGCUGCCCCCCUUACCAAGGUGUCAGGGGUGGAGCUGGACUCCCUGAUCUCUCAAGUCAAAGACCUGCUGCCAGACCUUGGUGAGGGCUUCAUCCUGGCCUGCCUGGAAGAGUACAGUUACAACGCAGAGCAGGUGAUCAACAACAUACUUGAAGAUAAGCUGGUGCCAUCCUUGGAGAAGUUGGACCGAACGAUGCGAAGACAGCCAAAGCCAGACCCUACACCUCUACUCAAUUCCCGCCAUAAUGUUUUCCAGAACGAUGAGUUUGAUAUUUCCAGUAGGGAUUCAGUGGACGUUUCUCGGAUACAAAAAGGCAAGCGCAGGGAGAAGGAGACGACCAGGAGUUUGCUGAACGACAAGCGCCUGAUCGCUGAGCAGAAGGAGCGCUACAGCCAGUACAGCGUGGUCGUGGAAGAGGUUCCUGUGCAGCCAGGGGAAGCUCAGCUCUACAGGGAGGACUAUGAGGACGAGUACGAUGACACUUAUGAUGGAAACCAAGUGGGGGCGAAUGAUGCUGACUCGGAUGAUGAGCUGAUCAGCAGGAGGCCAUUCACAACUCCUCAAGUCUUGAGACCAAAAGGACAGGAGGAAGGACAGGAAGAUGAGGAAGAGGAUGAAGAGGAAGAGGAAGAAGCUGAAAAGGAAAGACCAAAGGACCACUUCGUGCAGGACCCAGCUGUGCUGCGGGAGAGAGCUGAAGCCAGGCGGCUGGCUUUUCUUGCGAGGAAGGGGGGGCACAAGCACGACAGCUCUGCUGUUGUUGGGAACGUGAAGGGGCACGGGCAGAACCGGGAAACGGUGCAGGAACGAAGGAAGAAGGAAGCAAAUAAAAGCACAAGAGCUAAUCACAAUCGGCGAGUCAUGGCUGACAGAAAGCGGAAUAAAGGCAUGAUUCCUUCCUGAAGGACUUCCCCAGGUGUUGCAUCAUCCCCAGUCCUCUGCUUUGGAGGCAGUUGUGCUCCGUUCCCCUGGCCCUCCCUUAGCUCAGGGGACUGGAUGUCGUGGUCCAAUACCUGGCACUUCAGCUCGAUGCGGAAUUGCACACCCCGUGGGAGGGCUGCACGUCUUGGAGAGGAGCUGCCCGCCCCCAGGCACACCCUGUGGCUGAUUUCUGCUCUGUGGAGAGGGGUGCGUGACAGCGGGCUGCACCCUGCUGCGUGGGGCAGGCUGCACCAGCCAUUGGUUUCCUUUUGUACUAUUUAUAAUUCGCAGAGGUUUAUUUUCAUACUGGCUCCUCCCGCCCUCGCUGCAACCCGAGGGGGCUUCCAGGCCACGUGGCUGGCUGCCCAAAGGGCAGCUCUGUGGCUUGUGGCAAGGCUUCCCCAGAGCAGCCCGUACAGCUCCCCUGAAAUGCCUUACCCUGCAGUAAAGCAUGAAGGCUGGCAGGAAAGCACUCGGGCUCUUGCCGUUGCUGACACCCGGGAGUUCAGGUGAAUAAGGCUCUCAUAAAUUUCUGUCCCUCGAGUGAGGUGUGUGAAAACAGAACAUGCAAAUAAAUGAUUUAAAUCUCGUAGUUGGUGUUUUAGGCUCUCACGAACUGUAUCGGUCCUUAAGGAACGUCGCUACUGCGCUGCCUCUGCGGGCGAUGGAAUUCACUUGCUGCUUCGUGUUGGUUCAGUUAAAUGAGCUCUGGCCGCUGAGACUCGAGGUGCUUGAAAAUCAGGAUCACGGCAUCCUGUGUCAGCUAGCAGCAGCGUGGAAAUGGGAGUUGAAGAUAGCAGGGUCAGAUUCCCCAGGGAGCUGCCUCCUGAUAACUGCUUGUCACGCUCCGUGGAGCAGAACUGCCCUGCUCAUCCCGUUUGCUGUUUGGAAGGCUGGGAGCCAUUGGUAAAUAGUGCUUUCUAGUUGCUGAAAGGGCUUUCCCUGAGGACUCUCUUUUGUGAUGGAGUUGCUCCCUGCGCAGGGAGACCGGCACGUCCCUCAGCUGGCUCUGUAACCUCUCAGUAAGGUGCUCGAAUGCCAAGGCAUUGGCUGCUACACUGUGCCUAGGCGAGCCUGGAAUCCCAGCAGCUGGUGGAAAGCUGCUCCAAUCACUCUUGUCACAGAGCGUGUGUUUUUUUGUCCUCGUGGAGACAAACUUUCAGGUAAACCAUUUUAUUUUUGUUUGGUUAAUGUGAUCCAGAAACCCCUUCCCCACCACCGCGCUGUGUUUUUUCUGGUGAUGAAGCUGCCUGUGGUCAUCCCCAUGCUGAAUAAACUACCCCAGGGCUGUGUGGCGUUACAGCUCCUGGUCCAGGGUCACUCCAGUGCUGUCCUCCCCCUUCCCAGCGCCGCAGUAGCACUGGAGGCACCUACGUUGGUUGCUGCCUCGUUUUACACAGAGGGCGGGGACCCCAUGGCUGGACAGUUCCCUGCUGCUGCCAAACAAGGUUGUGCCAGGCUGUUUCCAAAAGUGUAGCAACGGCUGUCACCAUUAUGCAAAUCGGGUGAAGUCCUAAAUGCUGCGGGGACGAGGUUUUCCUCUGCGCAUCAGUACUGCCCCAACCUCAGAUCAACAAGGCGCGGGAGAAAGUGGAUUUCUGAGAAGCUGCUGAAUGUAAUUCCCUGUCAAGGGAAAUUACCUGCUGGGAUAACUAACUCUCUUUUCUUUUAUAGCUACUGUUCUCCGGACUAAUAGCUUCAUUUAUUCCUUGCCAGUCUGGUACGAUGCAGUUUUCCCCUUCCUAAUACUGCAUUCAGCCUUAGUUCUGGCUUCUAAGAAGCUGCAAAUCUCUAUCACCUGCUCAGCAUAGCGUGAAGCCAUCAGCGCCUGCAGACAGGCCUCGUAGUAAAGCAGCACUCCUUUAUGGGCUGAAAUUACCCCAGGAAAGCUUAAACAGCUCCUCUUAAGCAGCUCUAUAAAAGCACAGCUGGGACGCUGAAAGCUGGAGUUGUUCUUUGCUCAAAAUCAAGCACAAUGUUUUAAAGUCCUCUUUAAUGUUCUUGGAGCAAAUGUUUUACUCCUGUCUGGCACGUAUUUACAAACACAAUAAAGCUUCUCGCAUUAGC